AGGAGAUGGAAAGGUAUAUAAGAAAAGAUUGCUGGAUAGCGUGAAGCCUCUCAAAGGGAAAAAAGUCAGUGUCAAUAACCUAGACACGCUAAUGGAGAACAUGGAAAUUCAGCUUGAGAAAGAGGACUAUGAAGACUUACUGACCCAUCUGCCAGCUGAUGAGAAUAAAAUGGUUGAUUUGGAUGUAGAUGGAUGAUGCAAAAGCUUUCACAGGAGAGAAAGUUAAUGUCAGUAAUCUGGACAAUGCGCUGAGGACAGUGGGGCUCGUGCUCACUGCUGAGGGGCAUGAGGAGCUGCUGAAAACGGCCAAUUCACGCUGAUGGAAAAAUAUAUAAGAAUAGAUUGCUAAAAGGUGUGAAAGCCCUCAAAGGACCAAGGGUCAAAAUCAAAAAACUGGACUCCUUUGUGGAAAACGUGGAAAUUAGACUCAAGGAUGAGGAAUUUGAGGAACUAAUGACCCAACUGUCAGCUGAUGGUGAUAAUACAGUUGGUCUGAAUGAUUUGAUGGAUGCUCUCAGUUAUAUCAAGGGAGAGGUGAUUGAUAUCCAGGACUUAGACAACUUUCUAGCAAAUGAGGGGGUUGAGCUCACAGAAGAAGAAAUGAAACUAAUGCCUCAUUUGACAUUCAAUGACAGAGUUACUGGCCACAUGGCAGUUUCUGAUAUUAAAGCAAAACUUAAACUGAAUCCUUCAACAAAAAUACCCAACUUCCAUGGCAAGAGGGAUAAAGAUUUACCAGGACCGCUGCCAAGCCAAUUACAGCACAAAGAAAGGAAGUUGAGCCCUUCACAAAUGCGAGCCUUCCAAGAUGCCUACAACUUCUUUAACAAGGAUAAAACUGGCUGUAUUGAUUUACAUGGAAUGAUGCGCACUUUAGCUAAAUUGGGAGUGAAUCUAACCAAGCAUGAUGUCUGUAAUGAACUAAGAUGUGCUGAUAUUGAUCGAGAUGGGAAGGUGAAUUUCUCAGACUUUAUAAAGGUGCUAACAGAUAACAACCGCUUCCUGAAGGCUGUGGUUCCAGAAACGGAGAGCUGUUUAGAUUUAGCUGGCAACCCAGGGAUCCUAUUGUUUGAAAUCCUAUCAAAGCUUGUAGAGACUUCAGCCUUACCCAGAAAGGCUCUAAUGGAAAUAGUAAGCUAUUUCCGAAGAAAAUUCCAGGAAACCACCUCGGAAAUGGUGUGGAGCCCUUAUGCUACACGUUAUGGAAAAAGGAGAUUUAAGCCAGACAUAUGCACACCUCCAAGCUCAAGCACAGCCGCCUUUGCUAAUGCUGCCCGGAUUGCAAUAACGAAAGAAAAGGAUUUAUUUAAAUUUCUUGAAGAGCUCAAGAGAUGCAAUCGUCCUUCAGAUAGCCCAUAUUCAAAAAUACCCGUCUUUCCGCUGUUUCCUAAUGUGGAUGGGGUGGUGAUGGGAAAGCCAUUCAAAGACAUACAGAAAUUAGAAAUGCUAAGGAGAACGGAACCUCUGAAUUUCUUUGAGAACUAUUUUUUCCAUAAAAAAGACUGGAAAACACAGGCAGCAAAUACAAAGUCUAUCGACCGUGCCUCAGGCUACCCAACUGACAUCCUCGCCAUCGACCAAAUACUCAAGAAAAAGCAGAAUUGGACAGUGGCUGAUGCAGCUGCUAUUAAACAGCAUGUAAAGAGAGCUACAGAUACCUAUAACUUGGGAAUUGCCCUUGAGCACCGGGAACAAAUGCUAAACCUCUGGCGGAAGAUCCGAGGGGAUUUGAUUGGGAUAGACAGUAAAAAUGAGUCCUUUUAUGACACCUUUUCUACUUAUACAUGGUCCUGGAAUGUCUGCCAAGAAUUACUUUCCCCAAAGGACUUAAGGUUAUAUGAUGCCUGUGUGAAUAGAAAUUCCUUCCACAACUCUGCAUUCUCUUCCUCUUCGGAUAUUAGUGAGUGUGCCACAGGAAGAAGAAGAAAAUGGAAAGGCUUCAAAGGGUUUCGACAAUGAAAUUUCUACAUUUUCUAAACAGCUCAUUGCAAACUACUUUUUCAUAGAUAUCAAAAUUAUUCUUGCUUUUGUCUAAUACAUUCUUAGCAGCUGGAAAUGUUGACAUCUUUGGAAUUCUGACCAGUAAAAAAGUUUAAGUCAUA